UGUCUCGAUGAACACAUCAACUAUUACCAGCGUGUCACUUGUUCUGUCCACUGCUGCUACAUCGUCAGCCUGUCACAAAACACGUUUUCAUAGGGGGGCAGGGUAAUCUAUAUUUCGUUUUUUAAAAAAAGUCUCAAUACUACACGGCAAACGGCGACGAGAAUCAGCUGUGACAUCAUUCCGGCAUCAACAAACCUUGCUGUCGACACUCAGCUCCUCACAGACCACGAGCAGAGAGCACCGGCAGACAGCGGGGAUCGCGCACGAGACUACACUAUUUCCUAUUGUUCUUACUUUGUGAAGGAAUGAAUCUGGAAGAGGGCUUGAUGAGUGACGUCAAUAGGACACUGAGCCUUGAACUGGACACUGUGAGCGGGAACAUUACUUUGCUCCCCUACUAUCAACAUUCGCCUCUUGUAGCUGCCAGCUAUAUUAUUUCCUUCUUCUUCAUCUUCAUCCUUUGCAUGGUGGGGAACAGCCUGGUCUGCUAUAUUGUGUUGCGUAACCACAGGAUGCGCACAGUGACCAACCUGUUUAUUCUAAACUUGGCAGUCAGUGACUUGCUAGUUGGCAUCUUCUGUGUGCCCACAACACUGGUCGACAACCUUAUAACAGGCUGGCCAUUCAGUCAGGCAGUUUGCACAAUGAGCGGAUUGAUCCAGGGAGUAUCUGUCUCGGCCUCUGUCUUCACGUUGGUGGCCAUCGCUGUUGACAGGUUCCAUUGCAUAGUCUAUCCAUUUCGGCAAAAGUUAAGCCGCCUGAAGGCUAUACUGACAAUUGGGCUUAUCUGGGGAUUGGCUUUCGCUAUAAUGAGCCCAUCAGCUGCAAUGAUGACUGUUGUGCACCUUGAAGGCACUUAUAUGGUUUACAAUAAUGAGACGUACCCCCUCAUGACCUGUUAUGAACAGUGGCCCAAACCUGAGAUGCGCAAGAUCUACACCACUGUCCUCUUUGUCCACAUCUAUCUUGCUCCUUUGGGCCUAAUUAGCCUGAUGUAUGGAAGAAUUGUAGUUAAGCUCUUCAGUUACCUUGGGCCCAUGGGUAGGGGCACCGGAGAACUGCCAGAAGACAGGACUUCUAUAUCGAAGAAGAAGGUAAGAGUGAUUAAAAUGCUGAUCAUCGUUGCUCUGCUCUUCAUGAUUUCUUGGUUACCCCUUUGGACUUUAAUGUUGCUCACAGAUUACACCGACUUGGACGAUGAGCAGAUUAACCUGCUAACAGGAUAUAUUUUCCCAUUUGCCCACUGGCUGGCAUUUUCUAACAGCAGUAUCAACCCUAUCAUUUAUGGCUACUUUAAUGAGAACUUCAAGCGGGGAUUCCAGGCAGCUUUCACCUUCCACUUCUGCUCCCAGGAGAUGGUGCACAAGAACAUCUACUCUGAGAGGUCUCCAGCAAAUGUCGGGUAUCGGUUUCAAAAUAAGGUUUCCAAUGGAGAGUUCACCGAGUCUAGUGGAUAUAAAAGACCUUUAACUUUGAGGGAUAGUCAACCAGGAAAUCAAGUAAUACAACUUGAGGACAUCAACAGAAUCAUAACUCACAACAGGGUCAGCACUGCCUGGGUACACUGAAAGAGAAAGAGUUUGCGGACUGCAGGGAUUUAUCAAUGGGUAUUGAUGAUUGUACACAGGAAGUGAUGCUGGAUUGAGGACAGCUGAUACAGCUUUGCAGCUUUAAGUCAAGUAUUAAAUGUCACUGUGAAUUACGUCAAAGCCAACCAAUGGAGUGGAUUUCUGUAUUAUUAUUGUCAUUAGUGUUAAUUAUCUAACUGGCAAUGUAUAAGAUAAGUUUGCACGUGGUAUCCUUCUGGAUACAUAUAUCUGAAACAGUCCUUGCAUCGUUGCACAGCCAGUCUUUACAAUGUAAAACUUGAUGAUUAACUUAACAUUUUUUCAUGCUGUUCAUUGGAAAUUUAUUUCUUCUUGGAUUUUGGAACAAUUCUACCACUGCAGCUAUCAUUGAUUUGAUCUGCCUCAUUUCUAUGCAUUGUGCUGAUUAACAUUUUUCUUUUCCAUAAUUUAAUUGUUUAAAAUUGUCAUUUGGAUAAUGAGUAUGUUAUUCAGGAGCUUCAAACAUUAAUGAGGGAAUGGCGUUCUGACAGCUGGAUUGCUUGAAACAACCAUUUUCAAAUAUGAUCUGUUAAAUGAAGUCUGAAGGUGGAGAUUCCCUGCUAUCAACCUCUACAGUCUUGAACUGAACAUUGGGUGUUUUCUUCGUCUUACCAUAUGUUUGGGUUAUCUUUGGAAGUUACAGCAUUUUCAAACUUAUCUAAAAGGGCGAUUUUGCCUUGUAUCAACAUUUGAUUGCUGCUUGCUCUCUAUUCUGCUCACGUGUUUGAAAUGAUGUACAAUGUGGCGUCCUUCUAUGAUCACCGUAUUCUCAGAUGUUGGUAGUUCAAGCUAUUUUAUUGGUAGGGUAAAUCACCAAAGCCAGCAUAAUGAAAAUUGCUUCACAUGGAACAGAAUGAGUCCUGCCUACUACUAGGAAAUGUGUUUAUUUCUUUCAAAUUUGUAAAACUGUCUGGAAUGCUGUACUGUAAAUGGUCAUUAUAGUCAGUCAUUUAAGGGCUACUCCGGUGUCUUAAUACUUUUAAUGUAACACUGAAUUUUCUGGCCGCCUUUACAAAGCAUCUUUCUAGGUGUAUUCCUUCUCUUAAACUCCCUUGGUUUCUUAUCAUUGGUUGGUUAUUCAUAAAAUGCUAGCACACACAAAACUCAUUGCUAAAUUUCACAAUAUAUAAACAAAAUGGUCAUUCUCAAUUAAUGCUUGAUCUUGUAAUGCAUCUUUGCUAAAUUUUACAACUCUUUGUUAUUCUUUUGUUUCUUGUGCCAACUCAAUGUUGAUUUGACUUGGCUUUACUUUGUUACGUGAUGCUGAUUCUUGGCCUAUCUCUUGCCUUUUAAGACUGCCUUUUCGCUUUCUUCAGCUUCUUAUCUCCCUGUGCAAAGUAAACGGGACAGCCUUGGAAGACCAUUUGGUUUACAUGAAUUCAAAAUUCUCUCCCUCUGGCUGAGGCUUGAUUGACAAUCUCUUGAAGAAGAAGGCAGAAGAUGAACAGCAUUAUUCUCUGCUGUCAGUAUCUUGCUAGAAAAAUUUAAAAUUCAGGUGCCUUCCAAUAAGUGUAGCCUAUCAGUAUGUUAAGAAAACAGUUUAGUGCUCUUGUGAUAUGAUCCCACACAUGUGAAUCUGUUUCCAUAAACAUCUCCUUGCAGAAUUUUUAUUAUUUAAUCCAUGGUUCAAACUAAACUGUAAACUAAAUUAGACAAUCUCUAUAUGUGCAUCUCUCUCUGUCUCUCUCUCUCUCUCUCUGCUAUUUAUUGUAUAGCUUAUAUCUCAUUCAUCCCAUGGCUCAGUUCAGGAGUCAGUCCUACACAGAAGACCAGUCCGUUACAAGACACCAGCAAUCACUGAUAGAAGCACAUUUUCAGAAUCAUCAAUAUAAUUUACACUUUUGGAUAUACAGGUAUGUGUGUUUUGGCAUGAAAAAUAUAAACAAAGCAUUAUGUCUGAAUAAGGAUAUAUAUUCAGAAAAAGCAUG